AUGCUAAAACCAGAGACAAUAUAAUAACCAUACUUUAAUUAAGAAUGUCCAUACAAUUCUGUAUAACUUCAUACUAUUACAUUUAACAAUGUUUGGGAUUACUUAAUUCAUCUUUAAAAAUGUCAUCUAAUUAAUUAGAGAUCUGAUUUUAGAAAAUCUUCUGAAUAUUUUAUGUGUCAUCGUUGUCUCAAAGUUUUUGAAGAAUUUUAAUAAUUUUUGGAUCAUAGAAGCACAUAACAUGUCAUAAACUUUGAACUUAUUUUUGAUAAAAAACCAUAAAAAGUCAUUAAUCUUUCAAAGAGAGGUAAAUGGGAGAUUAUCAAAUUAAUUGAAAAUUAUAAAGAUCAUUACCUUAGUAAAAAUGAUGUGUAACAUAUUUAAAUCUUUCCUUAAGAUUAAACUGAUCCUCGUUUAAAUACUCCAAGAGAUACAAUUGCUAAAAUUAAGAAUCUUUAAAUAGAGAGAAAAGAAAGAUUGUAAUUAUAUUUAUUACAAUCUAAAGUUUUAGAAUCUGCCUAUCACAAAUUAUUUAAUCACUACAAAGAUCUAUCUAUGAUUAAUAAAGAGUAUCCAUAUAAAUUAACAAUGGAUUCCUUUCAUUAAUUAAUGAUUAAACACAAUGUUAAAUUGAGUUCAUAAUUAUUUAAUUAAACAAAAGUAUGUGAAUUUAUGGAAACUGCACUCACUAAUCCUGAAGAUCAUCUUAUAUAUAUGAAUAGAAGAGCUAUAAAUAAAUUCUUUUAUUUAUGGAUUUUAAUUCAUGAAGAUAUGAAUCCUUUUUAAUAAGUUUAAUUCUAAGAACCAUGGGUUAUAUUAGCAAUUCCAACUUAAUCUGGAUAAUUUUAUCAUAUACCAACAUAAAAAACUUGUGAUAAUUUAGAAUUAUUAUAAUUACAAAAAUUAUUAAAUGAAUAAAUGGAUAUAGCCAAAUCAAUAGAAUAAGAGAGAGCUAAAUUUGAUUAAAAAAAGAUUGAAGAAAGUAAAGUAUUUGAAUAAAAAAUCAUGAAACUUGAAAAUUUAGAAACACAAUUAAGAAUUUAAUUAACUACUUAAAAUAAAUAUUAAAAUGAUUUUGAAUCAGUUAAAUAAUAAUUGUAAGAUUAAUCUAUAAGUGAUCUAUAAGAGCGUAGUAAGAAACUCGACUUUUAUUAUUAAUUAUAAAGAUCGAAAAUAUAAAAUGAUAUGACUAAUCAAUCAGAACUUUUUAAAUUAGCUGAGUCUUUUGCAAAAGAAAAACAAAAAUUAUUAUAAAGAGUUGAGAUUUAUACUGAAAAAAGAAACAAGAUACAUUAUGAAACUCAAAAUUUAAAGGCUUAAAUUACAAUUUUGGGAGAAAAACUGUUAUAAGAUGAAUAAGAAAAAAUGAAAAAUAAAACUAGAAGAAGAUAGAAAAUUAUUUAACAUUUGUGUAUAAAAUGUUAGAAAAAUAAUAGGGAAAUAAUUCAUUUUCCAUGUUAACAUUUUCUUUUUUGCACUUAAUGUAUUAUUUAAGGAAUGGUUGAAAAAAGAUAAUAAUGUCCUUUAGUUGCAAUUGGCUAAUGUAGAGAUUCCAGAUAUUUAGAGAAGAAAUUUAAGACUGUAAAAUUCACAAAGAAUGAUUGA